AUGGCUGCGAUACCUUCUACCACCUCCCAAUGGGUCAUCGAAACCAGCACUGGACCGUCCGGGCUCAGGCUGAAGCACGACGUGCCGCUGCCACCGCUCGGCGCACACGAUGUGCUUGUGAAGAUACACGCCGUAGCGGUGAACUCGCGAGAUACCCAAGUCCUCGAUAAUACAUAUCUCUGGGGCACGACGCCUGGCGUCGUGCCGCUCUCUGAUGGAGCGGGCUCAGUCCUUGCCAUCGGCGAGGCCGUCUCACGUUUCAAGCCUGGAGCACACGUAGCUGCGACGUUUCACCGACGAUGGCUAAGCGGUGAACUGGCCUCCCUGUCCCAAAUGUCCCAAAUCGGGGCACACUUUGACGGGUUGCUUCGGCAGUAUGCCGUGUUCCACGAGGAUGAUCUUGUAGCUGCGCCAUCAAACUGCAGCUUCGUACAAGCGAGUACUCUUCCCUGUGCGGCUCUGACUGCGUGGAAUGCACUAUUCUGCGGCCACAAGAGUCUCAAACCAGGAGAUGCCGUUCUUACGCAAGGCAGCGGGGGGGUGAGUCUAUUCGCGAUCCAGUUUGCAAAGGCCGCCGGCGCGACGGUCAUCGCGACGACGGGCCAGCUAGGCGGAGAGCGCGAAAGACAGCUCAGACUGCUCGGAGCGAACACAGUGCUGAGCUACCGCGAUGCCGACUGGGGGAAGCAAGUGAAAGCGGCCACGGGCGGCCGAGGAGUGGACUUCAUCGUCGAAGUGUCAGGCGCCGGGGAACAGAGCGCCGCAGCGUUGAAACUUAAUGGCCAGAUUGUGAUUAUAGGAGGCGACGGUGGCUCUGGAGGGUCGAUAUUUGAUAUGCGGAAGACAAUGGGCGAGGUGAGGCGUGUGACGGUGGGCAAUCGCGACCAAUUUGAGGAUAUGAAUCGUGCGAUUGAGGCGAAUGAUAUUCGCCCUGUCGUAGACGAGAAGAUCUGGACGUUUGAGCAGGCCAAGGAGGCAUUUGAGUAUGCACAGUCGGGGAAGAUGACUGGUAAACAGAGCUGUAGAGUACGGUCUCGUGAUCUGAUCAACAAAUCUGUUUUUGCGGCCAGAUUGCAAUUCUCCCACGAACAGCCAGGAGAUAUGGCAAACACCACUACGAUCACAACACCAUUGGAAAUAGAAAACCAUGCGGAUGCCAUCCCUCUGGCUCCCUCUGCGCGGCCAGCACCCGCAGAGGGCGCAGCCAACACGACCACGCUGGAAGCCGCCAGCAUCAUCCUCGUCCUGACAGGCGUGACAUUCAUCAGCGUGUCUGGCUCCGGCAUCCUGACUACUGCUCUUCCCCAUAUUGCCUCGGACAUCAACCUGGACAGCAAUUUGAUCUUCUGGCCCGCAUCCGUGUAUUCCCUGGCCGCCGGAUGCACUCUUUUGGCGUUUGGCGCGGUGGCCGACAUCGUGGGCUCCAAGCCCAUGUGGCUUCUCGGCAGCGGUGUUUCGUGCCUGUGGAUACUGGCCUGUGGACUGGCUCGCACAGGGCCCGAGUUCAUUGCCUUUCGAGCUAUGCUGGGCCUUUUCGUGGCCAUGUGUCUGCCCACGUCCAUCAGCCUCGUCACCACCUCAUUCCCUCCGGGCCCGAAGCGCAAUAUCGCGUUUGCGGUGACCGGCAUGGGCCAACCGCUGGGAUAUGCCGUGGGACUGGUCCUCGGCGGUGUCUUGACUGAUACCAUCGGCUGGCGCUGGGCCUUCUAUAUCACGGCAAUCAUCAACUUCUUUCUUUUCGUUGCCUCGAUAUUCCUAUUGCCCUCCAACACCAAGGCAUCUUCUUUUUCAACCCGUCGCCUUUUACGUCAGAUUGACUGGGUCGGGGUGAUCAUCCUGUCGGUUUCGCUGGGUCUCUUGUCCUAUGUUUUGGCGAUGAUCACCAUGAAUUACUCCAACAUGAGCGACGCGCAGAACAUUGUCUUGCUGAUUGGUUCGGUUGCAUUACUUCCCGCCUUCUCAUUCUGGGUGGGCCGACAGGAAAGACGUGGAAAGGCUGCAUUGAUUCCUAACUCUCUAUGGAAAAAUGUUCCUUUCCUUGCUAUAUGCGUUUCCAUGUUCUUCACGUGGGCCGCCUUCAACGCCUUCCAGUACCAGAGUACUCUCUACUUUCAAGAUGUUCAAAAUCUAUCCCCUCUCCAGGCAUCAAUCCGCUUCCUACCAAUGGCAGUGGUUGGGGUCCUCACCAACUCUGCUACCGCGUAUUUGGUCACAAGGGUCAACGUCAACGUUCUUCUAGGUAUCUCUGCGCUCAUCACCGCUGUCUCGCCUAUCCUGAUGGCUCUCGCCAAUCCCGCCUGGGCAUACUGGACUGCGCCCUUUAUUGCGAUGAUGCUAAGUCCACUCAAUGGCGAUGUGCUUUGGACCGUCUCCAGCCUUGUGAUAUCCCGCUCAUUUCCGGGUGACUCCCAGGCACUCGCAGGUGGCGUGUUCAACACCAUCUCCCAAUUAGGCAAUUCCGUCGGACUGGCCAUCACCGCUGCCAUUGCAGCAUCGGUCACCGACCAUAAGGAGCAAGAUGGCUCUUCCUCUUCAAAGGAGGUUCUUCUGCUGCAGGGUUAUCGCGCGGCGUACUGGACGAUCUUCGCUGGCAUGGUCUUGGUCUUGUAUCAAAGAGCCGUCUUGUCGACAAAACUUUUGUUUUCAUACAAUAUCUCGAAAUCCAAUGCGCUCGAGACAUUGACGUGGUCUAUCUUCUCCCGUGAAAGGCUACCGCAAAGAAAUUCUGAGGAGCCUGAAUUCACAGGCCGGAAACCGCCAAGGCCCCGUGCCUCUCAACUUCCUGACCUCCGCGCGUUUCUCCAACGUCCACCUUCACACCCCGCACUCAACGGCCUCAAGUCUGGCAUGGGAUGGUGGUUGUGGUCGCCGUCUGGGUCCAGGUCAGAUCCAGAGGAUACUCGCAAUGACUCGCGCCAUCAUCCACCUGACAGUAACAACAGCAACUACCAUCACCACAACAAGACACACGAACAACUCGUACCCCCGCCUUCCACGACAUCCUCAAAGCAGGCCACAGAUUGGAACUCAAGUCUCAAUGCAUUCGACUGGAGCCAAUUCAAAGAGCCGCGGAAUUUGAUCCCAACCCUGCUCCUCACGGGCGGCAUUCUAUUCGUCGUUCACAUCCACCGCCGUUACCUUCGCCGCUUCCCUGAGGCUACAGACAUUGCCUCUUCCUACUUCCGCCAAAGAUCCCUCCUGGGACGCGUUACGAGUGUGGGCGAUGGGGACAAUUUCAGGAUUUACCAUACGCCUGGGGGCAGAUUGGUUGGAUGGGGUUGGCUGCCAUGGAUGAAGGUGCCGACGUCCAGGAAAGAAUUGAAAGACCGGACUGUUCAUAUCCGCCUUGCGGGCGUCGAUGCUCCGGAGCUCGCUCAUUUCGGCCGUCCUGCCCAACCGUUUGCUCACGAAGCACACAUGUGGCUUACAUCUUAUCUGCUGAACCGACGGGUGCGCGCAUACGUGCACCGACCCGAUCAAUACAAGCGCGUGAUUGCGACUGUAUACGUACGGCGAUGGCUAGACUUUCCACCGCUCCGGCGACGGGACGUUUCGUACGAAAUGCUGAAGCGCGGUCUAGCCACAGUCUACGAAGCUAAAUCCGGGGCCGAAUUUGGUAGCAAGGAACAUGAACUCAGAUACCGCCAGGCAGAGCAGCAGGCCAAGGCUUGGAGACAGGGGCUGUGGAAGGACUUUUGGCGUCAUGGUGGAGUCGAUUUUGAAAGUCCGCGAGAGUACAAGACUCGAAUGGGGCUGGAAAAGCCUUUGGAAAUAUCUCCAAAGUUGCCUUCAACGAAAAAGAGGCCUGGUUUCCUGGCUUCGCUGCUGAGCAAUAUUUUCACUUCUUCUCGUGCUAAGAAGCAGCAGUAA